AUGGCAGACUCAGAGGAAUCCAAGGGUAAAGCUCGCGUACAAGACGUCACAGACGACAAUGCGCAAGACAGCCCAGCUGUUGACAAUGCGGAGAACCCAUCAGAGACCGUCGAAGGCUCAUCGAAAGAGAAGAAACCCCUGUCCAAAAACAUCAAAGAUACAAUCGGUAAAAAACUUUCCCGUUCUUCCGAAGAAGAGAAAAAUGUCACGCCCCAGAUGCUCGAGGCAUUACUAUCAAUGAACCCCGCCUUAGCCACUGAGCUUGCGAACAUGCCUCACGACAAGGCUGUCGAGACACUAGGCAAAAUGGAUGUUGCCGAUCUUCUUACAGGAUUGUCUCUCGGAAAAAAGAACGUGAAGGAUAUGGCUUCUUACAAGUUUUGGCAGACGCAGCCUGUACCGCGAUUCGAUGACCAAGAGAAUCUCGCCGAAGGUCCUAUUAAGAUUAUCAAUCCGGAGGAAGUUUCGAAGGAGCCGCCGCAGCUUAUUGAAGGGUUUGAGUGGGUGACGCUAGAUGUUGAGGAUGAUAAGGAGGUGGCUGAGUUGUAUGAGCUGUUGUCGAAUCAUUAUGUGGAGGAUGAUAAUGCGAUGUUUCGCUUCAAUUACUCGAGGGCAUUCCUUAACUGGGCGUUGACAUCUCCGGGCUGGAAAAAAGACUGGCACGUUGGCGUUCGUGCAUCCAAGAGCGGCAAACUCGUCGCCUCCAUCUGCGGAGUACCGACAUACAUCCGAGUCCGCGAUCAGCGACUCAAAGUCAUCGAAAUCAACUUCCUUUGUGUGCACAAAAAGCUGCGAUCAAAACGUCUUGCGCCUGUAUUGAUUAAAGAAGUCACCCGCCGCUGCUACUUGCAAGGCAUCUACCAAGCCAUCUACACCGUUGGAAUUGUCCUUCCCAAACCCGUAACAUCUUGCCGAUAUUACCAUCGACCUCUAGACUGGUUGAAGUUAUAUGAAGUCGGCUUUUCCCCACUGCCCGCUGGUUCCACGAAAGCGCGUCAGAUUACAAAAAACCAUCUCCCAAGCAGCACGGCAACUCCGGGCUUACGGAAGCUGCAGAAGAAGGAUCUUGAUGCAACCUAUGAUCUGCUUGAACGAUUCCAGAGCCGCUUCCAGGUCAACCCAGCUUUCACUAAAGAAGAGAUUGAGCACUGGUUGCUUCAUACUGAGGCCCGUGGCGAGCAGGUUGUCUGGUCCUAUGUCGUGGAGGAUCCUCAGACAAAGAAGAUUACAGACUUCGUCUCUUUCUAUAGCUUGGAGUCGUCCGUUAUUGGGAACCCGAAACACAAGGCAGUUCGUGCCGCGUACUUGUACUACUACGCCACAGAGACUGCGUUCAACGAAAAGGAGAAGGGAUUCAAGGAGAGGUUGCAAUUAUUGGUCAAUGAUGCUCUUAUUGAGGCUAAGAAGGCUCGUUUCGACGUUUUCAACGCCCUCACCCUCCAGGAUAACCCCCUCUUCCUCGAGCAACUCAAAUUCGGCGCCGGUGACGGUCAACUGCAUUACUACCUAUACAACUACCGUACUGCUCCUGUCCCUGGCGGUGUCAAUGAUAAGAACCUUCCUGACGAGAAGAAACGUGGUGGAAUGGGUGUGGUUCUCCUGUAA